GAGCCGAAUUUAAGCGCGCGCCGAACAUACAAAAUUAGAAAGAGCCGAAUUUAAGCGCGCCGAAAGGAACUCGACCACGUGGAUGAGAAUGUAAACAAACCACAAACUCCUUUGGUGAACAUCAUGGACCGCCCCGACAAAGUGCUAGGCUUCAAGGUGGUGGUGCUCAAGUUCAGCAAGGAAAGCAAGACUGGUCAUCAGCUGCUGUGGAAACAACACUCAGUCCGCACCCACAGCGAUGCCAAGCCAGUCAACCGCACCCUGUUUGUCGUCAAUGUGCCUCCGUACUGUGACAAGAGGGCGCUCACACACCUGUUCUCGCAAUACGGCAAGGUGAGACAGGUGCACCUCCACAAGCGUCCCACCUCCGCCCCAGCCAUGCGCCCCAGAUACCCACACUUCUCCCGUCCUACGCCAGUCCUGGGCUUCAAGGCGGCUUAUGUGGUAUUCACCCAAACGUCGGCACUCAAGAAGGUCCUGGCACUUCCUGCUGGCACUGAGCUCACCCUGUCCACUGAGGAGAGGCCUGUGCUGACUGGAAUACGGAAGUGGCAGCGGCAGUACAACGCAGGAUUUGUGAAGCGGGACAGGCUGGCGGAGGAGGUGAAGAAAGUAAUGAGGGAUUAUGACGCCAAGAAGGAGAGGGAGAGGACGGCAGGUCAACAGGAGCCGGACAGCGAAGGAUGGGUGACUGUGAUCUCUGACAAGAAGAAGAAGCCACAUUUGGAGAAGGUGGAUGAGGUGAAGAAGAAGAAGGGAAGCAAGAAGAAGAAGCAACAGCAGCUGGUCAAUUUUUACUCCUUCCAACAACGCCAGGCUAAAAUGAAUCAUCUUGCCGAGUUAAGGAAGAAAUUUGAAGAGGACAAGAAGAGGAUAGCACAAAUGAGGAACUCCAGAAAGUUUAGACCGUACUAGUAAAGGAAGUGAGGAAGUCAUUGCGUCGACCUCUCCCACUGCUAUCAUCAACCUUUAUUACCUUCAGAGCUUAAUAAACCAUUCUGGCGGACUUAAAGAGCUUAAUUCAGUCUUUGCUAAGUGUCAGAACUGUGUUUUUUUAAGAGACUGGUACAAAAUAUGAGUCUUAAAAGCUGUAGAUGGUUAUUUGGGAAGACUGACUGGUAGUGAAGGGGUGAAGUGCAGAAUAUCCAAUACACACUACACCAGGAGGGGUUGAGGGGGGGUCUUUCUUCAUCAACAUUAGCCUCAGUUGUGUAAUGUUUAGCUGCAGUGGGUAAUCUAGUUCCUAUCGCAGUGUCUAUAAGUUCUUAAAGCCAUGUUAUUUGAAAAUGUCUAAUUUCUUCUAGCCUUUUAUUUCCUCCUCCUCCUCCUCUUCCACAAUAUUCAUCCUUAUCUUCUUCUACCUCCUCCUCCUCCUCCACUUCAUAAUAACACUACAAAAAAAAGUCUUGAGUGACACCAAAAGAAUCUGCUAAAUAUCUCAAAAACUUGUCAAGAUAUUAUUUUGAAGUUUGACUAAGCAAAUACCAAUGUAGAUCUUCAAAGUGACACCAGAAGAAACCAAAUAUUUUGAAAACCUGGUAAGAUAAAGUUUGAGAGAGUUUGAAUGCUUUUUUUUUGGCAGAUUCUGGGAGUGGUCUGUUCUGUCCUUACUGCACUGGCCUCCUCGUGCAUUCUUGUGUGUUUAGUCUGUUACAUUCCCUGGUUAAUGUUACAGUUAAUUAGCUCUGUGUAUCUUUAUAAAGUGGUGGUUUGUAAGGCAUUUCUUGGUGUGUGUGUGUGUGUGUGUGUGUGUGUGUGUGUGUGUGUGUGUGUGUGUGGUGAGAUGAAAAAUUAUAAGGAUGAUGAAUGAGAUAAUGAACACACACACACACACACACUUCCAAAUACACCAAUAUGUCAGUGAACUACUACUACUACUACUACUACUACUACUACUACUACUACUACUACUACUACUACUACUACUAC